AUGAUUUACCCCAAGACUAUCUUUCAGAGUGCCAUUGCGCUUUCAACUGUAGCUGCAUCCACCAAAGUUGAUGUAGUGCGUCAGAAUAACCCAACUCACGGAGUCAAACAUGACAAGGGCGGACGUUACAUUGACACGACUGACUCGUACGGAACUACCUCGACUAGUGUGCUAUCCUCGACUGCGUACGCUGCGAAAAAUCAGACGGAUAAUAAGUUGCGCAAAGUUACAUCUCCAGACAGCGUAGGUGUCAAGUUUUCUUACGCUAGUCCAACAAACGCAAACAAUAUUGGACACAUUGCGGCAGUAGGUCAUUCUUUGUCGCCAAGGACUCUUGACCACGUAGUUGGCAAGAAGGGUGCUCAGAAAGACGUGAAUCUGGGACCUGGUGUCUCCAAAAGUGAUGUAAAGAAAGGCGACAAUAAUACCAUAGGUGUCAAAAGUAAAUACAGCGUGAAUGCCAUAUAG